UUCAACACUGCGGGGACGGGUAGUCAGAGCGCUAUAAAGUAAGCUAUCGGAGUCAGAGGCGGUAACGUCCAAGGAUAGGAACACAACACACUUGUUGUGUAGACGAUUCAGUAGCGCAUGCCUUCGGAGACACUCUCGCCUUCUUUAGGUUACUUGAAAAGUAAUAGCGGACUACCGGUGUAACAUGGUCAUUACUCAAAAAUAAUAGUUUGCCCAUAACCUGAAUAAUCGAUAAACAUGCCAGAGCUCCGUAUAUUGACGCAUUUCUGAGCUUGGGACAUAAUAGCCUAAAUGUUAUGAAACAUUGACUUCAAGUGCUGCAGUUGGCUAGUUUGAGUUUGGUUUUAACCAGAUAUUUACCUAAAAACCGCUCUGCAGAGGACAUCACGAUUGGAGGAUAUCAAACUUGUGUUUGUGUUCGAAAAAUUGAGAGAAUUUAGAUUACUGUAAGAAGAAGUAACAUGGAUUUUAAGUGUUUGAGCUGUAUAGUGUUUUUCCCCAUACACAUUGUCUACUACAUAUUGAAAGCAAGUGUGUACUUACUGCUACCAAGUAGACGAAGAACCCUGAUCAAGGAGGUGGUCCUGAUCACAGGCGGGGGACGAGGUAUCGGUCGUCACCUGGCUCAGGAGUUUGCCAAGCAGGGGGCUAAAAAGGUGAUCCUGUGGGGGCGCACAGAGAAGUGCUUGAAAGAGACAUGCGAAGAUAUCUCCCAAUUUGGAACAGAGUGCCACUACUUCCUGUGCGACGUGGCCAAUCGGGAGGAAGUUUACAAGCAGGCCAAGGUGGUCAGGGAGAAGGUGGGAGAUGUUACGAUCCUGGUGAAUAACGCUGCAGUGGUCCAUGGGAAAAGUCUGAUGGACAGCGACGAUGACUGUCUUUUGAAAUCUCAACAUAUCAACACAAUGGGGCAGUUCUGGACUACAAAGGCCUUCCUGCCACGGAUGCUGGAGCUCCAGCAUGGCCACGUGGUCUGUAUAAACUCCAUCCUGUCCCAGUCGCCCAUCCCUGGGGCCAUUGACUACUGCACCUCCAAGGCCUCCUCCCUGGCCUUCAUGGAGAGCCUGACUCUGGGCCUGCUGGACUGUCCCGGGGUGGGCUGCACCACCGUGCUCCCCUUCCACACCAACACUGAGAUGUUCCAGGGCAUGAGAGUCAGGUUUCCAGCGCUCUUCCCUCCCCUCAAGCCAGAGACAGUUGCUGAAAGGACUGUGGAUGCAGUCAGGACRAACACAGCCUACGUUUACAUGCCCUGGACCAUGCAUGCUCUCGUUGUCCUCAAAAGCUUCAUGCCACAAGCUGCUCUUGAAGAGAUCCACAAGUUUUCUGGAAGCUAUACCUGCAUGAAUACGUUCAAGGGGAGGACAUAAAAAUGAAUUAUCCUGAAUGUCAAUACAUAUCAGAGGAACCUUACUAAGUCUGGAGGAUGUUGAAGGGAAGUAUCCAUGGGCUACAGGACAUUGGGAAACAAUGGAAGCCUUUUGAAAGUAUGCAGGAAAGUGUCUUGGAGACUUUAGCAUACUGUAUAUUGUUGCUCCGACGGGGUAGAUUUCACUUACACGCUGCUGGAACUUAUCCUGGUCUCAUUCUUGAUCUCCUGUGUGUAGUUGGACGGACUAAAUACCAUUCACACAUUGAGCAGAAGCCAUGCGAAACUAAUCUGGAUAAACAGCAGUUUUUUUUUCAAGUCUGUUUUUUAUUAUCCUUUGUUUUCUACCAAUCAUGUGUCUUUGAAUGGAAUCACAUUAAUAAAUUGAUGUUACAGACAACCAAA